CCUAUCUCCUUCCUUGAACUUUCUUUCAUCCAUUUUUUAUAUGUUUUUCCUUUUCGCAAGUCAUUUACCACUAUUUAACUACCCCUUCCUUUGCCUCUCAUCCCAUUCUCUUCCUUCUCUUUGCUUACUCAUCAACUCUCUCAAACUAUCUGCUUCGAAAAAUGGCUGCCAAAAGGCUCUUCGAUGAAUCUACCAACGACCAAGAUCGCCCCGAGGAGAAACGAAUGCGAACCACACCGUCAAUAUCAACUGUAAUUAGAGAAGCUGUGAUGGUGAAAUCGUUUCAAAGCUUAUGUGCCAACUUGGAGCCAUUGCUUCGGAGGGUGGUCCAGGAGGAGGUGGAGCGUGGCGUCACACGUGCCUCAUGCACUGCACGCAACACACGCACUGUUCUUUAUAGAUCACCCUCAAUGCGAAUCAAAGCCCCGGAAGAAUCGAGCUUCCAACUCAUGUUUAGCAAGAAACUCUCACUUCCACUCUUCACGGGAAGCAAGAUAGAAGAUGAGGACAAUAAGCCACUUCAAAUCCUCCUCGUCGACACCAGUGGCAGGAAAAAUGUCCCGAUGAUGGCCCACCCUCUCCCAAUAAAAGUAGAGCUUGUCAUCCUAGAUGGAGACUUCCCUCCUGAGGACCGUGACGAUUGGACCGCUGAGGAAUUCGAGAACAAUAUUGUGCACGAGCGGGCCGGGAAAAGGCCGUUGCUCGCGGGCGAUGUGAUGAUCACGAUGAGAGAUGGUGUUGCGCCCGUUGGAGAAAUUGAGAUUACUGAUAAUUCAAGCUGGAUUCGGAGUCGGAACUUCAGGAUUGGUGCACGGGUGGUUGGAGAGACUUCACAAGGAAGGAGGAUCAAAGAAGCAAAGACGGAACGGUUUUCAGUUAGGGAUCAUCGCGGAGAGCUGUAUAAAAAGCAUUAUCCGCCCGCUCUAGAUGAUGAGGUAUGGCGUCUUGUGAAGAUAGGGAAAGAAGGAGCGUUCCACAAAAAGCUAGCGGCCGCCAGCAUCACCACCGUCCAAGACUUCUUGAAACUAUGGGUCAUCAAUCCCAUCGAACUCCGAAGGAUACUCGGCGGAGGAAUGUCGGACAAAAUAUGGGAAGGAACUAUCAAGCACGCCCUUACAUGCAUGAUGGGCAACAAGCGAUACUUGCACCGUGGCCCGCACUGGACCAUUGUAUUAAAUCCUAUCUGUCAAGUUUUGGGGGCUGAAAUCAACGGUCAAAAGUACUCGGCACAUGAUCUAAGUGGAAUGCCUAAGGCAUAUUUGGAUCAGUUGGUGGGAGACGCAUAUCAAAAGUGGGCCACAUUGGAAGAGGUUGAUGUAUUACAUACUGAGUGGGCCCUACUGCAAAAUGAUCUGACGGCCGCAAUUGAAUCGCAUCAUGAAAUUAUACAGCCAAGUCUCCAGUACACAGAUCUCAACGUGGGCUUUGCUGAGAUGGGCCCACCUUCGACCAACAAUGUACAUGUGGAAUUCAACGGUUGGAUCCCCAGUCCGACGUGUCUCCCUAUGGCAGUGGGAAAUCAUCAUGUGUACAACACCUCGGAUCUGUCAUCGGACGAUGAUUCGGGCUCUGUGGCCUACUUCGAUCGACGUUAAGUGGGAAUCUCGCUCUUGUUGUGGAUGAUCAGGACCCUUCAAUGUAAAGUGGCCGCCCUCGGUGCUUGCACGUGAGAGGCGAUCGGGAUGAUGAUGAGUGGCCUAUUUUCAUCGGCACCGUCCAAUCUCUUUCAGUUUCUCCUUCUUCUUCUUCUUCUUCUUCUUCUUCUUUUUUUUUUUUUUUGCCUUUUAUUAUGCCUAUUUCUGGGUUUUUUUUUUAUACAUAUAAUGUAUAUAUUAUGUAGGGACGCGCUCCAGUGGUACCCGCCAGAUGUGGGGCCCAGUGAUGUAUUCUCGAAUUCCAACCGUCCAUCAGAUGAGUCACCUAGAAAAAUCCAGCCCCAAAAAUCAGCAGGAUCCAAAACUCAGGUGGGCCAUUAUCGCAUGAAACAUGUUGAGAGGGAAAGUUCACCGUUUAUUAGAGUGGGGGACCUACCAGAUUGUAUAUAUAGAAUCUAGUCCGUUCAGACCUUUCGUCUAGGCCAGAUGAAAGGUCAAUGUAAAAAUCAGACUGUUUUAUGACUCAGGUAUACCCCUGUGAAAUUUAAGAGUGGUCAUUCCCUCCCAUCUUUUUUCCUUUCCUGUGGUCCAAUUCAGAUUCAGAUCAGGAUGAGUAGUUUUCCUUACGAGUUUUUUUAGGUGAAGGAUCUAAUGGACGGGUUGGAUGGUGUGAAUACAUCAUGUGGGCCCACAUCUGGCCGUAGUUACACGGUGGAGGGUACCCCAUAUAUGCAAGCCCUGUAAAGGCCUUCAAGAUAAUAUGUGAAUGUAAAACACUGGAUGGUGCAUUUGAUUCCA